CUCAGGUGGGAACUUUUGCUGGUUGGUCUCUGCCUAGAAUGGGUGGGCUUCUCUCAGAAAAAGCAGUAUCCCAAUACUUGGACUCACAAGAACUAUUUCCCAGCAGAAGCAGAUUGUAGGGAUUCAAACUUAGAUGACUCUCUUGGCUGAGGCUCCAUGACCCUCCUACCUCAUAGCUUAGGGCAGGAUCAGUCUUCUAAAUGCUGGCUGCUGUUCAGCCAGGACCCGCCUUAGAGUCUAAAUGCUUCUGUUCAGGCCUGUGGCCUAUGAACACUGAUGCAUGCAGCCCACCCGAUAGUACCAUCUCUGCAUCACUGUGUGUGGAAAAGAUAGCCAAACUAUGCCAGUAUGGACAGAAUAGCUUAUGAUGCUUAUCCACACCCACCACUUUCGAGACAUUGAGCGCAAGCCGGAAUACCUCCAGCCGGAGAAGUGUGUCCCACCUCCCUACCCUGGUCCUGUGGGAACCAUGUGGUUUAUCCGCGACAGCUGUGGCAUUGCCUGUGCCAUCGUUACCUGGUUUCUGGUCCUCUAUGCAGAGUUUGUGGUCCUCUUUGUCAUGCUGAUUCCAUCCAGAGACUAUGUAUACAGCAUCAUCAACGGAAUUGUAUUCAACCUGCUGGCCUUCUUGGCCCUGGCCUCCCACUGCCGGGCCAUGCUGACGGACCCCGGGGCAGUGCCCAAAGGAAAUGCUACUAAAGAAUUUAUCGAGAGUUUACAGUUGAAGCCUGGGCAGGUGGUAUACAAGUGUCCCAAAUGCUGCAGCAUCAAGCCCGACAGAGCCCACCACUGCAGUGUUUGUAAGCGGUGCAUUCGCAAGAUGGACCACCACUGCCCUUGGGUCAAUAAUUGUGUCGGCGAGAACAACCAGAAGUACUUCGUCUUGUUUACAAUGUACAUAGCUCUCAUUUCCUUGCACGCCCUCAUCAUGGUGGGAUUCCACUUCCUGCAUUGCUUUGAAGAAGAUUGGACAAGCUCUGUUUCCUUCAUGGUACCAGCUGUCUACCUCAGUUUGUUAAAUCUACUGCAAGACUAUGGAGAGAACAGGGAAGGAACAGCAGAGGCCCAAGUCUAUCUUCAUGAAAGAGAGCAGCCCCCAAAAAUCAGUUUAACAGAGUGCAGCUCCUUCUCACCGCCCACCACGGUGAUCCUCCUCAUCCUGCUGUGCUUUGAGGCGCUGCUCUUCCUCAUUUUCACGUCAGUGAUGUUUGGGACCCAAGUGCACUCCAUCUGCACGGAUGAGACGGGCAUCGAGCGCCUCAAACGAAAGAAUCAGCCCAGGGAGCACACGGCCAACUGGAGUUCGGUGAAAGACACCUGUGGCGGGGACUUCUCCCUGAACUGGUUCAACCCCUUCUCCAGACCAUGGCAGCCAGAGAUGCCCAGUGACAAGGACUUGGUGCGGCAGGUAUCAUCACUGUCAGAUGUAGAGAGCACCCAAACGACAGAGGAGCAUUCAGAAGAGAUAAAGGACGAGGACUCUGUUGAGGUGCUAGAUGAAUAGGUGUUGUGGGAGACAACCAAACACUUAAAGUGGCUACUAAACCGUGUUCGGGGGUUUUGGUUAAUGUCCUUCCCAGAACCUCCUGACACUUCUCCCAGGCUACUUGCCUGGUCUUACCAUCCCAGUGACCCCCCUCCUUCCUCUCUUGAUGUUGGGAUAGACUAGGGACAGUGAAGAAGGUAGGGACUUCUCUGAGUUGGCCUAGGAAGAAUGCCCAGAGAGGGAUGUCAGGUCUCAUUCUCCAAUCUGGGGGGCUUUCACAGCUACUGCUCUCAAAGAGAGCUCCAAACAGGGCAGCCCAAGAACUCAUUUCUGGCUUUCAGGGGGAUGCUGUCAUCUUUUGGGAAGGUUGGGGCCCUGGCUCCUGGCUAGUGAUGGAAGGGCAGGACAGGGCUGGCUUUGGGGACCUGAGGUGGAGUACUGAUGUCAGGAGAACCUAUCUACAGCUGCUCUCUGGAAGGAUUUUCCCCACUCUCUGCCUAAAUUAAGAGAAAGGCAUGGCUGUCACAUCUGCUCUCAAGACCUCAGGCUUGAGGGCUGGGGAUACAGCUCAGUUGGUAGAGUGCUUGCCUCAUAUGCACAAGGCCCUGGGUUCAAUCCCCAUCACCACCAAAAAAAAAAAAAAAAAAAAGACCCCAGGCUUGGCUUGAAAGACGACCCUGCAUGCAUGUGCAGGAACUGCCCAGGAUGGAAGUAAGCCUGGGUUUUGACAUUAGCAUCAAAACUUAGUUCUGUUCCAUAGACAAUAGAAUCUUCCUCCAAAUAGCUUUAGCUGCCCUGCCUCGUGUCUCCUCCAUUCACAGGAGAGACAUGGGCAGGACCUGUCAUUUAACUUUCCCUCCUGGAGGGAGCCUAAUACCAAAACACUCAUGGGCAGAAAUGACCAGAAAUUCUAUCUAUGUUUUGGGCCAGUUCUCCCAAGGUGGUACCUAUCCUUUCUCUCAGACAGAAUGAUAAUGGCCUGGGCCUACAGACUGAUGAUGAAUCUAGGAGACAGACACCCCCACCCACUAGUUCUGCCAGGAUGAACCUGGAUGUAGUGAGCCCCCAUAAACCCUGGGGUACCUGGCCAUUAGUGAAGGUCUGAGCAGGCCCUCUGCUGAGAAGCCCCAUUGUAGUGGUUUCUGAAGCAACAGCUACUGCAAAGUCUAACUGAAAGGUCCCUAUCCCCAUCAGAUAUAAGAAACACCCUGCUUUCCAACUCCUAGCUUGGCCUUUGUUCCUACCCAUUUCCCUGGUAUAGUCUGGCCCCAAGAUGGGGGGAGAUGAGGCAGAACGUGCCCUUGUAAGGUCUCCAUGUCAGGACGCCCCUCCUAGCUAUAGGUGAAAGGGCAUGAGUCCCAGCCCAAAGGGACCUGUGGCCCCAGUUGAGUAAAGAAGAAAGUCACUGUUUGGAGAUACAGCCUCAGGACACUGAGAAAGGAAGGCUAGCCAAGAAUGGUCUUGUUCUUGGACAGCAUCCUUGGGCAAUCCCUAGAGGGAGGGGAUCCAUCGGAGAAUCCUCUGUCUACACCUAAUGCCCCACCAGGCUCUGCCAUGAAUUGCCCAGAGGGGCCGGUUCACAAAGCCCCCUCUAUCCUAACCCUCACUUACAGCUCUCCAGCUUUGUUCCAUGAGAUGGGUGACAGUCGGACUCUAGUGUAGAAGGACCAGGAAGGUGUUGGCCUUCCACCGCCAGGCUGAAGGCCUGUUUUCUUGGUCCAGGUCAGCUUUCACAUUGAUCAAUGCCAAUGCACCAGUGACACAGUGGCUUUUUUCCACGGUGGCUACUGACACGUAACGUUCUGCUUAGCCCCAAACUGAAAGCACUACACCUGACAUCCAAGCGAGACAGGGUUUUUCAGGGAGGGAGGUGGGGUGCAAAUCUUCACCUCUUUGAAUAAAAAGCUCUGUGCUCAACCUCUGGAAGAAUCUACUGUUUCUAGGAGGAGAUCCCAGUCCAAGUCCUUGGGCAGCACCCUUCCUUUCAAGUCACCUUGAGGACACCUCUAGGAACACUGCUUUCAUCCAGUUCCAGUAUGCCAGACAGGUGUCACACAGACACCUGUGAUGGCUGUAUCGCCUCAGGUCCAAAUGCUGCACCCUGGGAUUACUAACCAGACCCGUGGGCUCCUGCGUAGUGUUUCCAGCAGAGGGAAAAGUCACUCUUCAUCCAAAAGGCAGUCACCAAACACCUGCGGUGUCCCAAGAGUGAUUGGGAUUGAGGUUUGUUAACUUCAAGUGCCUGAAAGGGGGACAAUGGAUGGCAGGCAUUGCACCCCUGAAUCACACACGUGGUGACCCUUAUUCAACCUGCACAUGUGCCUCUGCCAGGGUCCCUGUGCUCUUGGACUUGUAGCCCUUGAGAGAGAGGCUGGAUGUCCCAGUCAGGACCCAGAAUUAAAAGCCAUCCCCUCAGAGAACCCUGCCAUGUGAUCCUCCCCAUUAAUUAGCUUGUUGACAUAAAGAAGUGACCCGGGGAGCCAGGCUAGUGGCUAAUGCCUAUAACCCAGCAACUCAGUAGGCUGAGGCAGGAGGAUUCCAAGUUCAAGGCCAACCUCAGCAAUUUAAAGACCCUCAGCAAUUAGUGAGACCCUGUCUCAAAAUAUAACAGGAUUGGGGAUAUAACUCAGAGGUUAGAGUCCCAGUACCAAAAAAAAAAAAUGUCUACCAUUUGAACAAACCUCCAGGGGGCAGAAAAAAUGGAUUUCAGUUAGAGAAGAAGGGCCCUCUUUUCCAGAAUGAUGUACCUCCAGAACAGACCCCUACUCAAGCAUCAGGGUGCAGGCAAUAGGGUCUCUCUCCUAGCUUUGCCCAGAGUAGCAGAUGGACCUGCUCUACUGCUUAGGGCCUUGCUUCUGCUCAGCCUGAGGCAUCUGAGAAAGAAUACCCGUGCCCAUCUGAGACAGCAAAGUCUCAGGACAGGGAGAACCUGGCACCUGGCCUGGGGACAUCUCCAGUGUGGUUUCCUACAGGGCCUAUCUGCCUAUAGGCUUCCCUUGGGCCCAGUGGGGUCUUCAAGCAGGCUAAGAGAUGCCCAGUUGGCAGAUGCCCCAGCACUGGUGAACCCAUGGCCUGAAGAGAUGGCAACUUGAAGCCCCACUGAGUACCAGCUCUGGGCUUCAUGGAGGGGAUGUGUGGUUUUGCAGGUCUUAGGCUCUGAAUCUAGACAAUGGUAACACUACUUUUUGAGGCCAUGACUCGAGGGAUGGAUGUUCUGUGGCCUAGGCUAGGUGUUGCUAGCUGUAAAAGAGGUGUCCUAGCUGCCUGUGGUUUGCAUUGCCUUUGAAUACCUUAUCUUUCACCUGGCUGGCUUUUGAAUCUACCCUCACAUGACUAAUCAAAUCUAAUCAUCCAUGAUCUGAAAGCAAAGCAUGAAGUGAGAAAUGCUGAAAAUAUUUCCAUAAUUGGGAUAAUAUGAAACUCAAGUCUCCAAGAAGGAAAAUAUGGAGCCAAAUUUUUCAAGGUUCUUGUAGUGAAAGACAUCUUAGUAUUUAAACAAAACAAAACAAAACAAAAAAAAAAAAAAA